AUGGCUGCUUAUCCUCAGAUACAAGAGAACCUUCGAAUUAAUUUACAAAACGAGGAUAAUAAUUUAUCUUUAAAUACUUCAUCAGAAAAAGAAUUGAUAGAUGGAGUUAUUAAUGAAACGCUUAGAUUAUGUCCUAUAGUUGCCUUUGCAAAUACCCGAAAAUGUACCAUUAAAUAUUUGACAAAAAAUGGAGAGAUUUGUUUGAAUCCUGGGGAUAUAAUAGAAGCAGAUAUAUUUUCAAUGGCAAGAGAUGAGGAAUUUUGGGGAAAAGAUGCGAAUGAAUUCAAACCAGAGAGGUAG